AGUUGUUGACAACUGUUUGACGUCUGUUUGUCAAGUUGUAUUAGAAUACGACGAACUGUAAGAGGUUGAAUUUAAUUUGUUUAAAUUAUUUUGUAAUUAAAUGUGUCUGCAGUAAAUGAAACUUUAAUAGAUGUUAGAAGUGGUAUUGGGGAGUGAUAUUUAACAACGUAAAGAGCUUUCUCCUUUUAUGAUUUUAGAUAUGUGAGGAUAAGUGAUAAACGAAUCAAAGAGAGAAAGUCUAAAGUGCAGUAACAUAUAAACAUUGUAACAGUGCAGCAGUAGUUUUUAUGUCGUGUACUUAUUUGUUCGUUAUCGGAGAUUAAUAUAAAAAUUUAUAAUCAUGGCCAAUAGAUUGAAAAAUUUUCCCCCUGGACCAUUAGACCAAUAUAGAAAAGCAGCAUCUUUUGAUUGGAAAAAAAUGAAAGUUUUUCUUGAUUCAGAGGAUCUAAUAGAAUUUGAGCAAGAUGCCUUUGAUGAAAUUAAGAAAAAUAGAUUGUAUAAUGAACUAUAUACAGAAUCAUUACCAUUUGAUGAAAUCAGAAGGCGAACUGUUCAAAGAAUGUAUUCAUUAAAAGACAAUUACAACCUGUCAUAUGAAGCUAGUUAUUCUGAUUUGAAAAGGCCUUAUAUUCAAUUGUUUGCUCAUUUUACGCUUGACCCAUCAGCUGCUAUAAAAUAUUCCAUAGGAUUUGGUAUGUUUUUGAGUACAAUUAAAACAUUAGGCACUGAGAGACACACGCACUAUUUAGCAGAUAUAGUGGAUGGAAAGAUUUUAGGUUGUUUCUGUUUAACAGAAAUUGGGCAUGGAACAAACACAAAAAUUAAACCAAUUUUGUUCGAAUUUUUUUGGAACAUACGUCAUCUAAUUAAGUGUAAUUUGACUAGGGAGAUUUUGAUUUUUUUUUUCUUUUUUUUAGGAAAAACUGCUACUCAUGGUGUUGUCUAUGCCCAGUUAAUAACACCUGAUGGAGUAAAUCACGGUCUGCACACUUUUGUUGUUAAAUUACGAGAUCCAGAAACGUUAAUACCGUAUGCAGGUCUCACUAUAGGUGAUAUGGGAGAGAAAAUUGGCUUGAAUGGGAUCGAUAAUGGAUUCUUGAUGUUUCACAACUAUAGGAUUCCACGUGCUGACCUGCUGAACAGAACUGGAGACGUUACCGAAGAUGGACAAUACAUUACACCUUUCAAAGAUCCUAAUAAAAGACAUGGAACAUCUUUAGGCGCUCUUUCAGCAGGCAGAGUUACUAUUAUUAGUGUCGGUAAUAUUUAUUUAAUUAAAGCUUUAACGGUUGCUAUCAGGUAUGCAGCAGUGCGAAGACAAUUUGGACCAAAUGAUGACGAAGAAAUUCCAAUACUUGAAUAUCCAGUUCAUCAACACCGUAUAUUACCAUAUCUUGCUGUUGUGUAUGCACAUAGAAUAUUUGCAAACUACCUUUAUGAAAUAUAUAAUCAGUUCAUUAUCGAUCAAUUUUUAAAUAAUAAAUCUGCCUUAAGCGCAGAUCUUGGUGUAGAACUGCAUGGAGUGUCUUCUGCUGGUAAAUGUGUAACAGGCUGGUUAGCUAGAGAUGGUAUACAGGAAUGUAGAGAAGCCUGUGGAGGACAUGGUUAUUUGAAGGUUGCUGGUCUUGGGGAUCUGAAAAACGAUCAUGACGCUAAUAACACUUACGAAGGUGAAAAUCACGUUCUUAUCCAGCAAACAACUAAUUGGCUUCUAAAAUUUUGGCCCUCUGUGGUGAAAGGUGAACGUGUUUCGUCUCCCAUGGGAAGUAUUAACUUUUUAUCGAAUGCCAAGCAAAUUCUAAAUCAAAAGUCCACUGUUAACACUUUACCACAACUACUGCAGCCAACAGUAAUUUUGGAUAUAUACAAGUGGCUUACUUGCUACCAUCUAAAAUCAACAUUCAGUAGGAUUGAACAUCUUGAAAAAAAUGGUAAAAGUCCUUUUUGGAGUAGAAACGACAGCCAGGUAUUUUAUGGAAAACAGCUCAGUAUCACUUACAUGCAGCAUUUCAUUUUGCAAGCGGUUUAUAACAAAAUAAAUUCAGCUCAAGAUCGACAAAUUAGGGAGGUUCUAACAAAAUUGUUCCUUCUGUAUGGAGUUUGGAAUCUCGACAAACACUUGCCGUACUUGUACAGAGGAGAAUAUGUUAUAAGUGGUAAAUUUUCUGAACUUGUUCAAGAAGCAAUCGUCAAAUUGUGCGCAGAUUUGAAGAACGAUGCAGUAUCGUUGAUAGAUACGUUUGCGCCUCCAGAUUUUGUUCUUAAUUCGGUCCUUGGUCAUUCCGAUGGUCAUGUUUAUCGGCACUUGCAAUCAGCUUUCUUUCAUUCUCCAGAAAGUUUAAGCAGACCAAAGUGGUGGAAAGAGGCAGUUAAUUGGAAAGAUAAUAUUAAAUCUAAGUUAUAAAAAAAAUACGCGUAAGUUAUAAUUUUACAGCUUUAAUCAGAGAGAUGUAUAAUGGACAAUAUGGGAUUAUAGUAUUGAUAGAUUUUCAUUAUUUUAUUACUUUUUCCAUGCAAAUCGUAAAAAAAUUUUAUAGUAUCUUAUUUGUAGUUUUUCUACAUUUAGUGAAAUUUUUAAUAAUAAGAAUUAGGCAAAUAUUGAAAAAA